CAGAUAUUCUUAUGGUUUCUGGCAAUUUCCUCUUAUAUCAAUUCAAAUGGUACAGGAUAAGUAAACUAAUACUCGCUGUGGAUUCGACUGUCUUUUCCCAGCGUAAUUGGUGUCAUUCCUUCCAACAAAAUGACCACAAGUAUACUGAAAAAGAUGACGGUGAAUUUCUAGAGAAGUUAGAUGCUGCUAAAGAUAAUCCACUAAGUGGAUCAGCUUUAUAUCAAGAUGAUGGCCAUUUUUCUGCUGUCGUUUUUCCUGAUCCUGUAUUCAAUUGGGAGAAUAUCAGAAAUAGUUUGAAGGCUAGAGGCAUAUAUGAAAGAUUCAAUAUUGAUAAAAUAAUUGACUUGCAAAAGCAAAUCGAUGGUAUGUGUGAGAAAAUAAAUACCCUGAAGACGGUUAGGGAUUCUCUUCGGAGUCAAUAUGAAGCAAACAAACAGGGUUCAGAUGAAAUUGUAGCUUCUGCACGUGCUGUAAGGAAUGAACGUAAAUCACUCGAGGCUUCAUUGAAAAAAUUGGUGAUUGAAUUUCGAAAGGAAUCUCUUCAAUUACCUAAUAUUAUACAUCCUCUAACUCCUAUCGGUUCAAGUGAAUCACAGAUUGCAGUCAAAUCGUAUCAACAUGAAAACAUAUGUAGUCGUAAAAAAUUGCAUUGGUCCAAUCUAGUGGAUGAUUAUUAUAACGAAAUUAUUGGAACAUAUUAUACAGAUCGUUUAGCUAACUUAGAAUAUUCUCAUCUGAAUAAAGUUAAUCAUUAUUGGCUAAAUCAAGUGGGACAUAUUCAUUCAAAUAAUUAUCCUGUUUGCCUGUCAGAUAUUAUCCGUGGACCAGCACUAGAAGCUACCACAUGGCCUAGUAUAAAAUCUGCUAUUCGGUUAAGACCAUCAAAGGGCGAUAUGUUGUUAACAGAAGAUCCUACCACUGGAACGAGUAAUUGGCUCAUUAAUCCAUACGUAACCGACUAUUUGGUUGGUUCAGCUAGCUUGGCAGCUUUUUCAGCUUAUCUUAUAUUACAGCAAACUAACCUAGCAACAAGUUCAUCUUCGCGCCUUAUUUCUAUGGGGUCUGUUUACAAUAAACAUAGUGAAAAUGCUACUUCCUCAUCUGACGGUCAUCAGCUUCACUCCGAUUUGAAAUCGCCUUUUCAGCAAUCUAAGCAGAUAUCAAUAAUGGAGCUGUCUAGGAACUGGAAUCGAUGUGAAGCUGGUUUCCAUGUUUUAACUGAACAGUUGUGCAAAUUUUGGCAAAUUUACCAACCAGAAUGGUCAUUCAAACUAACGUACUCUCAGGCUGCAAACUUAUAUCCGUGUGAAAUGUUACGGGCGGUAGUACAAACUGAUAUGAAGUCAUCCUCUGGUGUUCAAGCUUCAAUCCCUCUUGCUUCAGUUUCUCUAUUGGGUGAUUGGAUUUCAAGACGAAUAAUGACUAAGACUAUAAAAAAAAGCAAAACGGAUUCCGAUUGUGAUCCUUAUCCUUAUAUGGUAUUUGUCAAUGCAUGGAACUUCUAUUCUCUAUUGGAAUCAUUGAAACUUAUCGGUUAUAUUCAAGAACAUGAAUCGCCAACCAUUAAUUCUUAAACAUUUAUGUAUUUGUAGUUUUUUCCAAUGGUUAAUGUUGUAACUUCGUAACUAACUUAUAUAUUUCAUGAAUUAAAGAAAUUGUCACUCUUGA